AUCCUCCUCGUCCCGGGUGAACGGCGUCACAGCCGCGAUGUGUCAUUUCGACGGAUAAAUUACCGACCGUCGAGCCCGUCCCGUCUCCCGUGCUGUUCCCACGCCAGGAUAAUGCCCGAGAGGGACCGUUAGCGGCGACCAUUUCUGCUCGUUCCCACCGAUGAAAGCACCUGCUCAGUAAAACAGCCUCUCGGUUCGUAUUCAGGAUGGGGAUGGUCUCUCCGACGGGCAACAUGUCCCUCAUUUCGUUGACUUUGGCGCUGCUGGCCGUCGUCCUCUGCACUUCCCCGGUCAGCGGGAACGAGGACUGUCUGUGGUACGUGGAUAAAAAUGGCACCUGGCACAAUGGCUUCGACUGCCCUCUCAUCACGUUCUGCUGUGGGAACUGCCACCGGCGCUACUGCUGCCUGGACGCCUUCAAGAUGAUCACGGAGCGGGAGCAGAAGCGCUGCAUGCUCUUCCAGUUCAGCCCCACCACUUUAGCUGGAAUUGCCUCCUCCAUCCUCCUGUUUGUGGCCAUCAUUGCAACUAUGGUCUGCUGCUUCAUGUGCUCCUGCUGUUAUCUCUACCAGAGAAGGCAGCAGAGGGGAAGGACACCUUAUGAUGCCCAGCAGAUCCCCAUGGCAAGCUACCCAGUAGAGCCCAUGUAUGAUGCUUACGGAAAACCGCUUGGACCCACCGAGUACCCACAUGCAGGUUAUCCUAUGGCGCCUCAGUAUCCUGGCAUGCCCCCACAAUACCCAAUGAUGCAGCCCGGUCCUUACCCACCACACCCGAUGGAUCCUAUGUACAGCCAAGCCCCACCACCGUACUCUCCACCUCAGUAUCCUGGUCACUGAUGGGUUCAUCUUCACACACAAACACAGUGGGGAAACAACUGCAACUGAGAGAAAUGACUGUUACAAAAAGGAGAAGGCAGCAACACACAUACAUACACACACACACACACACACACACACACACACACACACACACACACACACACACACACACACACACACACACACACACACACACACACACACACACACACAUACAUACACACAUACAGAUACACGCAUAAAGUCAAAUAAACACUCAAACAAUACAGCUUGACUAGCAGUGGUUUGCCUGUGAAAGAGAACAGGAGGCACUUUAAGUUUUUUUUUUUUUCUUUUUUUGUUUUGUGGUUGUUUACAGCGUCGUCCUACUUCCCCACUGUACUAAUGUAAAUCAGAUUCUGUCCCGCAACCUGAUGCCCGACUGCCCUGUGCGGGUUUCACAGCAAGCGGCGCAUGAUCCUUAAAGCGACGAGGUAUCCGUGUCUCGACACUGUGCUGCCACUUCUGCUCUGGCACACUCACCUCAAUGACUAAAGAGAGGCCUCAUUACCUUACAGAAAAGCGAGCAGAAGGGAUGAUAAUGCACUCCCUCUUUAUUUGUGAAAGGGAAAUAUGCUUUGCUUCAUACCUUUUCUUAAAUUUGAUGAACUGAUUACUGCCAAUGGCUACAUUCCAGGUUAUCUCUGUGACUGAUCCACAUUCUCCACUAAUGAUAACUUCUGUCUUUAUGUCUGUAUUAGAUGUUUCUUUCACAAAAUGGUAAAAGGUAAAAUGCGAAGCAAUUUUGAAAUGAGGGAUGCAUGUUCAGUUAAGACGGCGACAUGUUUGGAUCAUAGGCAAACGGCUUUUGGUUUUCUGGUACCACCAGUGCUGUGCAAGAAGCCUUUUGUCACCCGUUAGUUUGAACUUUGUCUCGUCUUUUUUGUAUCCGACUUGAGUAAUUACUUCAAGGUAGUUUAUUAGUAACCACUUUUCUCAUGUACCAUCUCAAACUUCAGCAUGCUACCCAGUCAAAGUUACCUGUCCUCUUCUGCUUGUUUUUGUGGUUUUAAAUAAAUUAGAGAUGAAUCUUAAGAUUAAUCCCAUUAUACCGGGUAGGAUGCCAGUGAAAUUAAUGUUCAAUGUUUAUUUCUUGUAACAUAUCAGAUUAGGGGAGCUGCAGGUGACGCUGCUUGAUUAAAAACAAAAUGUCCCGCCUUACAAUAAUUAACCAUGGAAAAGAAGAGAUUAACUAUUUACAUACCUAUUUUGUAAAUUUCUUCUUCAGCUAAAUAUUUUAUGAUAUUGUAACAAGUUAUUUUAAAACUGUGUAUUGUUAUUGUAACAUAAAAUAUGAUGUUUUGGCAUCUUUCCAUUUAGUAUUUAUUAUUAUUGAGGUUACCUUUUACUGUGAAUGGGUUCUCACCUUCUGGACUAAGCUACAAAGCCAAAAAUGACUACUGUUGAAAAUUUUUGUUGACCACCUCACUAUAACGGAUUUGUGUGACAUUUUGGGAAAUACGCAUUCUAGCAGAGAAGAUUGAUCACUCUCUUACAUGUGUGCGAUACAGUGUUGGACCUAUGUUAGUACCAAUACAAUAUAGAAAUAUGAAAGACUGAAGUAAAAAGUUCUAGCUGCAAAAUGUACCAAAAGUAAAAGUAGUCAUUGUGCACAGUGGUCCAUUUUAGAAUAAUAUAUAUAUAUGCUAUUCUACUAAAUUAAAUUAUUGAUGCGCUAAUGUUCCAGUUGGUAAAAGUAAGCGUAAAUUAGAAUUCAUAUAGGGAUUAUUUUACAAAAAUGCGAAACUGCAACCCAACUAAUAAACUGUAAAUGUAGUGAAGCAAAAAGGUGAUAUGAUUUCCCCCACACAUACAGUGAGCCAGAAGUUUAAAGUAGCAUCAAAUGGAAAUAGUAAACUAGUCACAGUUGCACUUGCAGCCACUGGGCCUCACUUUUCUAACACUUUAAUGAUAAUAAAUAUAUAGGUGCAACCAGGAGCCUGUUAGCCUAGCUUAGCAUUAAGAGUAGAAACAGGAGAAAUGGCUCAUCUGGCACUGAUUAAAUGCAAACAUCCUACUAGAGCUGAGAAUUUGUUCUAAAAUGUGGAAAAGAAUGUUGUGUAGCCACUUUAUCAAAAAUAUUUAGCUGGAGAGGAGACUUUGGUUGGGUUUAAGAAAGAGCCAGAUGCUGUUUCAGUAGUUUGUGCUAAGCUAAGCUAAUGGCUCGUGUUAGAGUCCAAGGCUUGGGGGAGAUGCUUCUUCUGACCAUAACCUCAGUAGCAGAAAGCCGAUAGGUGGAUUUCCCAAAAUGUCAAACUAUUCUUUCAGGUGUUCCCUUGCAGUUUGGGCUCUGGUGAGGUCAGAGCCUGCAAGCUGUAAUGGUGAGUGUAGUUUAGCUUCCUGGACAGACAACAACAGCCCUGAGCCCUUUGUAAGAGGUUUAAACUGUAAGACAUGAUGUUGUGUUGUCUGUCUCCUAAGAGGUGAUUCCUGGAUUAUUCAGGUUUGGUGUAUUGAACAACUUUAAUGUCAAAUGAGGCGCAUAUUAAAAAAAAUAAUAA